UCUCAGUUAUAAGAAAAGAAACUUUUUUUUAAAAUUAGUUCUCUGUUCUUAUAAAAAUGAAGAUCGGUACUUGUACUCUGUUUUCAACUCUUAUUACGUUAUUCAAUCAUGCUGACUCAAGCCCACGACCGUCAAAUCCGAAUGAGGACAAUAAACUCCAGGAUGAAAAUACAUACCAUCCUAAAAGCAAAUUGAUUGUAAAGAAAGAUAUCUCAGGUCACGCAGGAGCACUUGAAGGACAUGUUCCUCUGUAUGCCAGGUCCAAUCUUGGCGCCUACCGUCCUCUUUACCCACCUGCUGCCCGCCCACAGCAACGCAAGAUAGGUCUAAAUUAUAAUUUUUAUUUUCAUCUUCUCUAG